AUGGGUUCUUGUAGCACCAAAAAGAAAGAAAAAAAAUAAUAAGAGAUUAUUGUAACCACCUAAUUACCUAAUGAUAAACCUAGAAUUGAUAGAAAAUAAUAAAAGGCUUAAACUAUAACACCUAUUCUUGCUAAGACUAAUUUAUCAGAUACUAUUAAUGAGUCAGUUAUUUCAAAUCGUUCAAUAAAUAAAGGACAUGAUAAAUAGAAAAAUCAAAUUUAAAUAAGAUCUGGACUUUUCAGAGUUUAUUCAUUAUUUGGAAACAAGUUAGAUUCUUUUUAAGAAAAUAUAGAAGAUAAAUAAAUAAAAAUAGUAUAGCAUAAUGUAAGUGGAAUUAAAAAAAGAGUUGAAACUAUUGAUAAAUUUGAUACUUGUGCUUAAAAUUGUAUCCAAAAAAUCUAGAAAAAUAGAUUGGUAUUUUAAAAUUUAACUCUAGUAAAAUGAAUAUAUCUGUCCAAUUACUAAUAUUUAUGAAGAUUCAGAGAAGUAUUACCUGUUAUCUGACUAUUGUAGUGGUGGAAGUUUAAGUACUUUAAAAGGAUAAUUAAAAGAUAGUUAAGUGAUGAUCCUAUUAAAUUAAAUGGUUUCUGCUAUUGCUUAUUUGCAUUAAAAAAAAAUGGUUCAUGGUAAAUUGACUUUGGAUAGUUUUCAUUUAUUAAGUGAUUUAAAUAGUUUAUUUUGUAAAUUGGUUGAUGUAGCCUGUUUAUAUUAAGGUAAUGAACAGGUAAUGAUUGAGCCUUCAUAAGAAGAUUACUCUUAAGAUGUUUAUGCUUUAGGAAUGAUUGGUUAUCAAUUAUUAACUGGAUAAAAACCUUUAUAUAUUAAAUAAUAAGAAAAUAAUGAAAAUGAAAAUGAAAUCCUAUAUUUUAAUGAAGGAACUUCACCUUCAUUAAAACGAAUUUUAAAAAAAAUGCUAGAAAAAAAAAUAAAUGAAAGAAUUACAAUGGAAGAAGCAAAAAAAUAAUUAUCUAAAAAUGAAUAACGUAAUAAUUAUUCUGAGGUUUUAAUAAAACCAUUGUAUUAUUUAUCAUAAUGUAAGCCAAGGAAUUAUUUUCAAGUUGUAAUUUUGGCUUUUAUGCUGAACAAAUUCAAUCAAGAAGAAGAAUGUAUGUUAUAGAAAAUAUUCAAUGAUGCAGACCUUGAUUAAGAUGGAUUAUUGAAAAAAGAGGAUAUUCUUAGAUUAUAUAAAUCUAUAGUUGAAUAUGAAAGUAUAAAUGUUGAUAUUCAACAACUUAUAUAGAAAUUGGCUAUAACAAAUUAAGAAUCCAUAGAUAUAAAUGAAUUUAUUUCAGCAUCAUUAAAUCUCGAAGACUUAUUGUCACAAACCUAUUUAGAAACUUGCUUUAAAUAUUUAUAGAAUUAAAGAGGAUAUAUAACUUGUAAUAGUGUCAAGAGGUAUAUUGAGAUAAAUGAAAAAUUAUUCAUUUAAUCUUUAGAAGAAAUUAAAGGUCAACAUAAGGUAUCUAAUAUUCAUUUAUAUUUAAUAGUUGAAUUAUCCAGAAUUUACAGAAAUAAUGAGAUAAUUGAAGUGA